AUGAUCAUCCAGCCACAUGCUGCGACCUUGAUCUUCACCUCAAUCCUCCGUCCUUCAGCUUCAAUAUCUCAAUCCUACAUCUGCACACUUUGUCGUCGUCACUUACAUCGCGGCCUCCCCCAAAAUGGUCGUGUCCCUCCACCGACACCAUUUGUCCCCGACGUUGCCACCUUUCUCAAGCUCAUCGGGCGCGAUCUUUCGAAUCACGCGAGCAAAAUCCAAUCCUGGGAGGAGCUUUUCACCCUGACCUCGCCUCAAUUGAAAGAAAGAGGCAUUGAACCGCCCCGUACCCGUCGUUAUCUGCUACACUGGCGAGAGAAAUUCCGAAAGGGCGACUUUGGCAUCGGGGGAGAUUUCCAAUAUGUGAAGGACGGAGUCGCCGAACUAAGGGUGGUGGAGGUUCCGAGUUUGAAGAAAGACCCCCAGACGGGGAAACCAGUGUCUGGACCAGUCACCAUAGGCAGGAGCCCGGGAAUGCAAAAGUUGAUUGUCAAUGUGCCGAACGGGUCGACGACCUACAAGUUACUGCCGGGACAAACUACAGCGGACCUGAAGAAACCAAAAGGGUUCAAGUUGAUUAAUGGGUAUAUAAUUUCGGGCAAGAAUGCGUACCCGAUGAAAGGCGCACAUGGCAGUGGAGUCACGCUCGAGGCUACAGAGGGACUUUGGGAGCACAAAAGAGGUCAUAAGGUGUUUGGUGGUGAGAGAAGACGGGCCGAGGUCUUGCAUAAGAUGAGAUUGGAGGAGAACAGGAAAAACGCUAGGUAG